GAAAAAUCAAACCUCAAAUUAUAACCAUCACAUUCCAUUUCCUUUCUGAAAUCCUGAUUGCUUUUCAAAGAACCAUGGAAAAUCUGCAAUCUGGAGUCAUUUUGAAUCUUCUUUCAACCAUGGGUGUUCAAGAAAAAACAGUGAUAAAUCAUUGUGAAGAUCCUCCUCACAAGAGACCCGUCUUGUUACAUAUCAUAAGCAUAAUCCCAGAGUUGUCAGACGGCGAUCUUUUGCCUAAUCGAGGCUUUGUCAUCAAAGUAUCGGAUUCAACCCACGAAGUGUUUGUUUCUUUGCCUCAAGAACAAGACGAAAUGAUUCUAAAGAACAAGUUACAUAUCGGGCAGUUCAUAUAUGUGCAGGAAUUGAGUCAGCUUAUCCAGUUCCGUUGCCUAAAGGGUUAAGGCCAAUUCCAGGGAGACGUCCAUUUGACAAGUAUCCCAAAGAUCUUGUUGGCAUGGAUAUACUGGAGUGGCCAUUGUUGGUGCAACAAAGAACUUAAAGGGCUUGAUCUAUGAGUCCUUGUAAGGCACCCUCAAGGGACCGAAGAGCAAGUAUCGGGGGACUAAACUGUAGAACCAGGACUCAUGGUCUUAACAAUCAAGGCUUUGACGUGGGUUAUUUAAGAAAUAAACAGGGUUUACAUAGUUCUAAUUCUCAUGCUUCAUCAGUUGGGUCUGCUAGAUUUUUCAGCUAACAUGAUGAUAAUUCAAACUCUAGAUUAGGUAUAAAAAAAGUUAGUCAAUCCUCAAAACCAAUUAAAAGUACAAGCAAAAGUUGGAACUCUUCAUCAGGUAGAAGAACAAGUAAGGAGCCUUCGACUGAAGCAAGGAAAAGAGAUUCAUCCAAUAGCAAAAUAUGGGAAGAAACUGAGAUGUUAUGGGAUACCCUUCCGUCUUCUUUAGUCAAACUAGGGAAGGAAGUACUAAGGCAAAGAGAUGUCACUCUGCUGGCUGCUGUUGAAGCUUUGCAAAAGGCUGCUGCUACUGAGACAUUGCUCAAGUGCUUAAGCAAGUUUUCGGAGCUUCGGUUGGCAAAAGAAGAUGAUCAACAGCCUUCAAUUAACAAGUUCUUCAAGCUGCAAGACUACAUGGCUCAGUGUAGAACAAUCAUUCAGUCAUUAGCCAAUAUUAGUCCCCAAAGAUUGACUGAUUGUGAUCUAAUUAGUCCCAGUUCGACCAGGGAAGCACUAAAACCAGCCGUCAACCGAUCGAGAAAUGCAACCACAUGGGUUAAAGCUGCUGUGGCAUCUGAUUUUGUCCCCCUCUCUACAAGUGGAACCAAAGGGGGUAAAAUUGAAGCGAAAAACACGAAACAACCAGGUCAGAUUAUGAUGCUGAAAGGUGGUUAUACGAUUCGAAGCAAAGAAGCAAAGGAGCAAUGGUGAAUUUCACAAUGAUUUGGUAGCUGAGAAGGAAAAUAUACCGAAUUGGUUGAAGGGAAGUAGCUUGAAUAUAGCUAGAAACCUUGCAGUUGCAUUGCAAGAUGAAUGUGAAGCAUUGUUUUUAGCUUAUAUAGAGAAUUAUUUAGACAGUUCCGAUAACGAAUGCCUUUCAAAGGUACCUCAUAGUCAGGACUCAGGUAGCUGAAUCUGUGUGUCAGAUCAAGAGAUUGAAUGAUUGGUUAGAUACGAUGGAAAGUGAUGGCAAAUAUC